AUGACAUUGUAAGGCUGUAUGAAAUGCGAUUAGUCUUGUAAAACAUGUACAGGUACAAAAAGUACAUAAUGUGAAACAUGCUCUUAUAAUUUACUCAAAACAGAAGAUGGUGAAUGUGUUUCAUGUAAAUAAGAUAAAUAAUAUAUCCUUGGAGAUAAAUGUCUUUAAUGCGAUCCAUCUUGCCUUUAAUGCAACGGAGGUUUAAAAAAUAGUUGCACAGCUUGCUAAAAUGGAAAAUAUUUGACAAAAAAUAAUGAAUGUGUGGCUUGCGACUAAGAUAGAUAAUUUUAACAAGGUCAAUAUUGUGAAGAUUGUAAUCCUUAAUGCCUAAAAUGUAGUGGAACUAAAAAUAAUUGCACAAAAUGUGAAGCAAAUUUAUACUUAAAUUCAAGCAAUGAGUGUGUAAAAUGUGAAGAAAUAGGAUAAUUUAAAUCUUAUAAUGGCAAAUGUAUAUAAUGUGAUAAAUCUUGCAUUAAAUGCGAUGAAAUAUAAAAUAAUAAAUGUUUAGAAUGCGCACCAUAAAAGUACUUAACAUAAGAAAACAAAUGCAUAUCUUGUGAUUAAGAUGGAUAUUUUAUUUCUUAAAAAUAUUGUCUCUAAUGUGAUCCAUCUUGCCUUUAAUGCAACGGAAGUUUGAAAAAUAAAUGCACAGCUUGCUAAAAUGGAAAAUAUUUGACAAAAAAUAAUGAAUGUGUGGCUUGCGACUAAGAUAGACAAUUUUCACAAGAUUAAUAUUGCGAAGAUUGUAGUCCUUAAUGCCUAAAAUGUAGUGGAACUAAAAAUAAUUGCACAAAAUGUGAACCAAAUUUAUACUUAAAUUCAAGCAAUGAGUGUGUAAAAUGUGAAGAAAUAGGACAAUUUAAAUCUAAAAAUGGCAAAUGUAUAUAAUGUGAUAAAUCUUGCAUUAAAUGCGAUGAAAUAUAAAAUAAUAAAUGUUUAGAAUGCGCACCAUAAAAGUACUUAACAUAAGAUAAUAGCACAUGCACAGAUAAUUGUUACACUAAAAAUGGAUACUAUAUUAAAGAAAACAAGUGUAUUCAAUGCCAUAAAAAUUGCAGAUCUUGUGAUGGUGAAUUAGAAGCUAAUUGUAAAUCUUGUAAUUUAGGUCUGAUUUUAUAACCUACUUUAAAAAAAUGUGAUAAAUGCGAAGAGGGUACAUUUUUAAAUAAGACUACUAAUAAAUGUGAAUAUUGUGAUGAAACUUGCUUGACUUGCUCUGGAGUAGAUAAAAAUUAAUGCUUAAUAUGUGCUCAAGGUUUAACCUUAAGCAAAGUCACAAAUACUUGUGAAAACAACACUAAAAUACAAAAUUAAUAGGAUGAACUAGAAUAUGUUUAAAAAGUAGGUUGCUUAAACGAAUAAAGUAAACCUGAUUAAAAUUGUAUGUCAAGAUUUGAUACAAUUUUAAUAAUGAUUACUUCUCUUUUUACGCCAUUUGGAACUUCACUUGGCUAAAUUUUAAUAUAAAACUCCUAACUUAUUGGAAACUACAUAUUCGCUUCCAAGUUGAAUUCGCUGUGGAUGAAUUAACUUGAAUUAAAAACAUACUAUGCAUAUCAUGUAGCUACUAUUGUACCGAUAGUAUUUAAAUAGCUAUCUUAGCAACUGCUUUAUAUCUCUUAUAACCCUAGGAGUCAUUAUCUUUACUACUCUUCUUAUCGCUGUGGUUUUGUCAUCAGCUACUUGUAGGAUUGA